UGGUGCUGACGAAGUGUUACUGGCAGCGAAGGGAAAAUCCAGAUGUGAGGAUGCGAUUCCAAAGCGUCCCGGCGUCCGCCAGCGAGAGCGUGGUGGUCGAGAACAGCCUGUACGAGACCUUGGACAACACCCGCGGGACCGAGGUGGUCGAGAACAGCCUGUACGAGACCUUGGACAACACCCGCGGGACCGAGGUGGUCGAGAACAGCCUGUACGAGACCUUGGACAACACCCGUGGGACCGAGGUGGUCGAGAACAGCCUGUACGAGACCUUGGACAACACCCGCGGGACCGAGGUGGUCGAGAACAGCCUGUACGAGACCUUGGACAACACCCGCGGGACCGAGGUGGUCGAGAACAGCCUGUACGAGACCUUUGAAAACGUGAGGAAGCCGCGGUAAGGGAGAAGGAAAUGGAAGAGGGAGAUGAGGAGCAAGCG